ACAUGUGAGAUAGUCACAGUUUUCCAGAGAUCACGACAAGAUCUAACCAGUCGCGCGUGGUCCCCGGCGCCGGAGCGGGCCAGCCCAGCCCAGCCCAGCACAGAGCCCCCUCCGCCCCCGCGCCCAGAGCCCCGCGCCCCUUGCGGAGCGCGGGACGGGGAGCCAGAAGGAGCCACUGCCGCGCCCGCCGCUCGGGCCGUCCGUCCUCCGCGCGCGCCGCCGCCCGGGCCGGGGGUCCGAGCUGCGCGCCCCCGGCCCCGGCCCCCGGGCGCCUGGGCCGGAUGUCCCGAUGAGAGAGCCGGCGCUGGCAGCCAGCGCCAUGGCUUACCACCCGUUCCAUGCGCCACGGCCCGCCGACUUCCCCAUGUCCGCCUUCCUGGCGGCGGCGCAGCCUUCCUUCUUUCCUGCGCUCGCCCUGCCGCCCGGCGCGCUGGCCAAGCCUCUGCCGGACCCGGGCCUGGCGGGGGCGGCGGCCGCGGCCGCCGCGGCAGCAGCAGCGGCCGAGGCGGGGCUGCACGUCUCGGCGCUCGGCCCGCACCCGCCCGCGGCGCAUCUGCGCUCUCUCAAGAGCCUGGAGCCGGAGGACGAAGUGGAGGACGACCCCAAGGUGACGCUGGAGGCUAAAGAGCUGUGGGACCAGUUCCACAAGCUGGGCACGGAGAUGGUCAUCACCAAGUCCGGGAGGCGGAUGUUCCCCCCCUUCAAGGUGCGAGUCAGCGGUCUGGACAAGAAGGCCAAGUACAUCCUGCUGAUGGACAUUGUGGCUGCUGAUGAUUGUCGCUAUAAGUUUCACAAUUCACGCUGGAUGGUGGCAGGCAAAGCUGACCCAGAGAUGCCCAAACGCAUGUACAUUCACCCAGACAGCCCGGCCACAGGGGAGCAGUGGAUGGCCAAGCCUGUGGCCUUCCACAAACUGAAGCUGACCAACAACAUCUCGGACAAGCAUGGUUUCACUAUCUUGAACUCCAUGCACAAGUACCAACCGCGCUUCCACAUCGUGCGAGCCAACGACAUCCUGAAGCUGCCCUACAGUACCUUCCGCACCUAUGUGUUUCCUGAGACCGACUUCAUUGCUGUCACUGCCUACCAGAACGACAAGAUUACACAACUGAAGAUCGACAACAACCCGUUUGCCAAGGGCUUCAGGGACACAGGGAACGGCCGGCGGGAGAAAAGGAAGCAACUGACGCUGCCUACUUUGCGCUUGUAUGAGGAGCACUGCAAGCCGGAGCGCGACGGCGCCGAGUCAGAUGCCUCAUCCUGCGACCCUCCACCUGUGCGGGAACCACCGCCCUCUCCCGGUGCUGCGCCCAGUCCCCUGCGCCUGCACCGGGCCCGAGUCGAAGAGAAGUCGUGCGCGGCAGACAGCGACCCAGAGCCUGAACGGCUAAAUGAGGAGCGCGCCGGGGCGGCGCUAGGCCGCAGCCCGGUUCGGGACAGCACCAGCCCCUCUCGCUUGACCGAACCUGAACGCGCCCGGGAGCGGCGCAGUCCGGAGAGGGGCAAGGAACCGUCGGAGAGCGGCGGGGACGGCCCGUUCGGUCUGAGGAACCUAGAGAAGGAGCGCGCAGAAGCCCGGCGGAAGGACGAGGGACGCAAGGAGGCGAGCGAGGGAAAAGAACCUGGCUUGGCGCCACUGGUGGUGCAGACAGACAGUGCGUCCCCCCUGGGCGCCGGACACCUACCCGGCCUGGCCUUCUCCAGCCACUUGCACGGGCAGCAGUUCUUUGGGCCGCUGGGAGCCGGCCAACCGCUCUUUCUGCACCCAGGACAGUUUGCCAUGGGCCCCGGCGCCUUCUCCGCCAUGGGCAUGGGUCACCUGCUGGCCUCGGUGGCAGGCAGCGGCGGCAAUGGAGGAGGCGCUGGGCCUGGCACAGCCGCGGGGCUGGACGCAGGCGGGCUGGGUCCCGCGGCCAGCGCAGCAAGCACCGCCGCGCCCUUCCCAUUCCACCUCUCCCAGCACAUGCUGGCAUCUCAGGGAAUCCCAAUGCCCACUUUCGGAGGCCUCUUCCCCUAUCCCUACACCUACAUGGCGGCGGCUGCCGCAGCCGCCUCAGCUUUGCCGGCUACCAGUGCUGCGGCUGCCGCCGCUGCGGCAGCUGGUUCCCUAUCCCGAAGUCCGUUCCUGGGUGGUGCCCGGCCCCGCCUGCGAUUCAGCCCCUACCAGAUCCCGGUCACCAUUCCGCCUAGCACUAGUCUCCUCACCACGGGGCUGGCGGCUGAGGGUUCCAAGGCUGCAGGUGGCAACAGCCGGGAGCCCAGUCCUCUGCCCGAGCUGGCUCUCCGAAAAGUGGGGGGUUCGUCCCGCGGUGCCCUGUCACCCAGCGGCUCAGCCAAGGAGGCCGCCAGUGAACUGCAGAGCAUCCAGAGACUGGUGAGUGGGCUGGAGAGCCAGCGAGCCCUCUCCCCCGGCCGGGAGUCGCCCAAGUGAGGGGGCUGCCCCCUUGCUCCGCUGCCACGCAGGCCUCCAGGGCUGCCUGCCCCUGCUGCUUGGGACGUGUACAGCACAGAAUGGGUAUUUAUUUAAAUAAAGGAGCAAAAGUGGGCUGCAGCAGCCAGAAUGGAGCCUCGUCUGGCAAGCCGGGGUCUGGGACACUUUCCUGGGCCUCCGCAAGGAAUCAGGCUGCCCGAACAGAGUCACUUCGGAGCCACUCUGGACCCAGUCCAGAUCUGCUCCAGCGUCAAGGUGGCAUCAGUGGGCUUCUCCGCUCUUCCAGCACAGUGGAGCAGGCCUCAUCGUUGGCCCAGCGGUCCAUUCCACAAGCCAGGAAGUGUGCCAGGUGCGGGAGCUUCGGAGGGCAUCCCAGGGCCCCUGGCUUUGGGCCUGUACCUCGUAAGAAACCGGGAUGGGAGAUGCUGAAGCCAGUAAAGACUGAAGUCAGUGUAGACUUGAGCUGGAAGGGGCCCUGUCCUUUUAGUCCUCCCACCUCUUCCCCCCACCCAAGAGACAGGCGCCCCUCCCACUCCUGGGUCAGUGGAGGGAGUGGCACUUCUGCCUUGAGUCCCCAGGGAAAAAAGAUAUUUAUGAAAUAAAUGGUAAUUUGUGUAAAUAAGCUUUAAGGUUCCCAGAAUAUGCAAAUUGGUAUUAAUUUAUUCAAAGGUGUACAUUGCUGUGUACAGAUAGAGAUUAACUCAUAGCAUUUAAAUUUUUUUUCAUUUUACAUGAGCAUCUAUAUUGUACAGGGCGGGAGGGGUCCUUGGCUGCUGGAGAAGGCCCCCAAGCCCCAGAGGAGGCCCCACCCCGCCGGCCCCUCGGCCCCUCCGCCCGGGCUUUGUUUGCCCAGCCCGCGGGCUCCACCUCAGGUUUUCACUUUUCUCUCUGGAGCGAGAACGAAACGACAAAAACGCGAGAAAACAAUAAAACGCUACAAUGCGAAGUGAACGGGGCUGUGCGCU